ACUGAAAGCUACUGUCUACUGGACAAUGAAACUGCAUUCUUCUUUGUCAUUUCGUAAGUUAAAUAUAAAUCCCCAAAAUACUUUCGCAAGCGGAGUCUCCCAAGCGGCAAGCGCGGACUAUAAAUUACCUAAAAAGACCUUUUUACCCCUUUUAAUUUGACUUAAUAAGGACUGUGCCAGCUAGCUCUGGACAUAUCUUUAUCGAUUCACGCCGUCAUUGCAAGUUGGUAUAACCACCAAACCAAACUCACGAGUAAAAGAGAUGUCCCCUUCUGUGGUCACUAACGGCGAUGUCGCCGCCUUUACAAUGGCUCCGGUUGCGGGACGUGUUGCCUCUGUUUACAGUGAGGUCCAAACAAGUCGUAUCGACCACGCUCUUCCUCUCCCUUCAGUUCUCAGAAAUCCCUUCAAAAUCGUGGAUGGUCCCCCCAGCUCCGCCGCCGGCAACCCUGAUGAAAUCGCAAAGCUGUUUCCAAAUCUUUUCGGGCAACCAUCGGCAAUGUUGGUGCCGAAUGAAGCUGACUCUAUCCGAUCUGAUCAGAAGCUGAAGAUUGGCGUUGUUUUGUCCGGAGGACAGGCUCCUGGAGGUCACAAUGUGCUUUCUGGAAUUUUCGAUUACUUGCAGGAUCGCGCUAAAGGUAGCAUUUUGUAUGGAUUUAGGGGAGGUCCUGCUGGGAUAAUGAAGUGCAAAUACGUAGAAUUGACUGCGGAUUAUAUUUACCCUUACAGAAAUCAGGGUGGCUUUGAUAUGAUCUGUAGUGGGAGAGACAAGAUCGAAACUCCUGAACAGUUUAAGCAAGCUGAAGAAACAGCAGUGAAGCUUGAUUUAGAUGGGCUUGUUGUUAUUGGUGGGGAUGACUCAAACACAAAUGCUUGCCUUCUUGCGGAAAACUUUAGGGGUAAAAAUGUGAAAACUCGAGUGAUUGGAUGCCCAAAAACCAUAGAUGGUGAUUUGAAAUGCAAAGAAGUUCCAACAAGUUUUGGAUUUGAUACUGCUUGCAAGAUAUAUGCUGAAAUGAUUGGAAAUGUCAUGAUUGAUGCACGAUCUACUGGAAAAUAUUACCAUUUUGUACGGCUCAUGGGGCGUGCAGCUUCACACAUUACUUUGGAGUGUGCUUUGCAGACUCACCCUAACAUUACUAUUAUUGGAGAAGAGGUUGCUGCCAAGAAGCUGACCCUGAAAAACGUUACAGACUACAUUGUUGAUGUCAUUUGCAAACGUGCCGAACUUGAUUACAACUAUGGUGUUAUUCUCAUUCCCGAAGGUCUCAUUGACUUCAUUCCUGAGGUCCAGCAUCUUAUUGCCGAACUAAAUGAAAUUCUGGCACAUGAUAUUGUUGAUGAAAAUGGGCUAUGGAAAAAGAAACUUACUGUUCAGUCUCUAAAUCUUUUUGACUUCUUACCUCAAGCAAUUCAAGAACAAUUGAUGCUUGAAAGAGAUCCACAUGGAAAUGUUCAGGUUGCCAAAAUCGAAACAGAAAAAAUGCUCAUUCAAAUGGUUGAAACUGAAUUGGAGAAUAGGAAGCAGAAAGGUUCUUAUAAAGGCCACUUUAAAGGACAAUCGCACUUUUUCGGAUAUGAAGGAAGAUGUGGUUUGCCAACUAACUUUGAUGCCUCCUACUGCUAUGCAUUGGGCUAUGCUGCUGGAGUUCUCCUUCACAGUGGAAAAACCGGGUUGAUAUCAUCAGUUUGUUUUCCUCCCUUUCUCUGCCUCGGUGCAUCUUGCCCCCUACCAACCCUUGUAGGAAAUUUGGAUGCCCCUGUUGAAGAAUGGACUGUUGGAGGGACUGCUUUGACAUCAUUAAUGGAUGUAGAGAGAAGGCAUGGUAAAUUCAAGCCUGUAAUCAAGAAGGCAAUGGUAGAACUGGAAGGUGCACCAUUCAAGAAAUUUGCUUCCAUGCGGGAGGAGUGGGCCCUAAAGAACUGCUAUAUUAGUCCUGGUCCUAUUCAAUUUGUUGGGCCAUCUUCCAAUGCAGUUAACCACACUCUGCUUCUCGAACUUGGUGCUCAAGCUUAGAGUUAUUGAAUAAAAAAUUGCUGCUUUAAGGAUGAAAUUAGUGAUGUGUUGGAUUUUGAAGCUCUAAGAACCAAUAAGCUGUCGCACCUUCAUUUUUCCUUCUGUUUUUAUUGAUUGAUACAUGGCAAUUGAUAAUUGGCAAUCAGUGUUUAAGACUUUGGACGUUUUAAUUUAAUGUCAUUACGUCACAAAGGUACAUGGGCCACAAUUAGCCCAAAGAAGGGAAAUAAUA